CAGCGGGGUCUUGCUCAACCCCUUUCUCUUACUCACUAAGCUGAGACAGGGCGGUGUCCGCCUAUAAAUACCCGCCCCAGGAUGUUACAACUUUUGCGCAGUUCAUCUCCUCGCUGCUGCAACGUUUUAACUUUUCUCUGUUUGGUCACAGUCUGCAGCCAUGCCAUCUGAACUGGAAAGGGCCAUGGAGUCACUCAUCACAGUGUUCCACCGGUAUGCCUCCAAGGAAGGGGAUAGCAACACCCUGUCCAAGCGGGAGCUCAGGUCGCUUAUGGAGAACGAGCUGGCAGGGUUCCUCAAGUCCCAAAAAGACCCCGCUGCCGUGGACAAGAUCAUGAAGGACCUGGAUGCCAAUGGCGAUGGGGAGGUGAACUUUGAAGAGUUUGUGUCACUGGUAGUGGGGCUGUCCAUCGCCUGCGAGCAGUGCUACCAGCUUCACCUGAAGAAGCAGCAACAGCAGGGCAAGCGCUGAUGGGAGGCUGGCUGGAGUGGGGGCACGCCUCUGUGUACAGAGCCUGUACUGUCCAUUAAACACACUGGGACCCCCCAGCCUGGGAA